UCUAUUUUCUCCUGUGUUUUACCUCACUCCGAUUUUUCUCGCCAGGCAGCUCUCUCCACUCCUGCCACCGCCGCGCCACCUCCACCCCGGCAAAUACAUUCCGACCUCAAAUUUCCCGUCGCCAAUCCUAUGGCUGUUAAUUAUUAGAGGAUUGCAGAAGUCAAAGGAAGUUACUUCGGCUGCAGUUGGGUUAUAGUUUUAGGGGGAAUCUAGAGCUAUUGGAAUUUGAUUGAGGAAUUAUAUCUGACAUAAAGAGGGUGACUUCAAUUCUGCUCUGUUAGUCAUCUGACUCUAUGUUUCUAUGGCGAUGACCUGGAAUCUCUCAGCUCCCCAGUAGAGUUAUGCUGCAUAGAUCAAAAUGUUGGUUAUGCAUUUCGCAAAAGCUACAUUCAUUGCCCAAGACUCUUACUGUUUCAUUUUAUGCAUGUGGGAUUAAUGAAAGUUUUGCCCACAGUAAUGCUAAUAGUAGUUAUGGACCAGAAUCUGAGACUGAAUGGGAGAGAUUGCUUAAACCCUUUGAUCUCCAAGAGCUGCGGAGAUCUCUCAAUAAAAUUACUCCAUUUCAGCUGAAUAAAUUGCUUCAGCUCCCAUUGGAUGUACCCACAUCAAUGGAGUUGUUUCAGUGGGCUGGUAGCCAAAAUAGCUAUCGUCAUUCUUUUGAUGUGUACUAUACUCUUAUUGAUAAAGUUGGGGCGGCGAAAGAGUUUAAGAUCAUCGACAGAUUGUUAUUGCAGAUGAAAGCAGAAGGAAUAGUUCCGCCAGAGUCCAUUUUUAUUAUGAUCAUGAGGCAUUAUGGAAGAGCUGGUUUGCCUGGUCAAGCAACUACACUGCUUUUUGAUAUGAGGAGCACCUUUUCUUGUGAACCCACAUUUAAAUCCUAUAAUGUUGUCAUAGAUGUUCUCUUAGCUGGUAAUUGUCCCAAAGUUGCCCCAAAUGUUAUCUAUGAGAUGUUGAGUAAGGGCAUCUCACCUACUGUCUUUACUUUUGCUAGGGUAAUGAAAGCACUUUGUAUGGUGCAUGAGGUUGAUUCUGCCUGUUCCCUCCUAAGAGACAUGACAAAGCAUGGGUGUGUACCGAAUUCAAUAGUUUAUCAGACUCUCAUACAUGCCCUGUCUGGUGCUAACAGAGUGAAUGAUGCUUUGAGGUUGUUGGAGGAGAUGUUUCUUAUGGGUUGUACACCAGAUGUCAAUACAUUCAAUGAUGUCAUAAUUGGCCUUUGCCAUGUUGAUCGUGUUCCUGAGGCUGCCAAACUGGUUGAUCGGAUGCUUGUUCGGGGUUUUGCCCCUGACACUAUAACUUAUGGAGUUUUAAUGCAAGGGCUAUGCAAAACAGGUGAAGUAGACAAAGCAAGAGUGCUGCUGAAGAAAGUGCCAAAUCCUAAUGUUGUUCUGUUCAACACUUUGAUUAAUGCAUACAUCACAAAUGGUCAAUUUGAAGAAGCAAAAACUGUAGUAGAUGAGAGUAUGGCAAGUAUGGGUUGCCAACCGGAUACUUAUACUUGGAACAUUUUUAUUCGUGGGCUUUGCAAGAAGGGGUUGUUAUCCUCUGCUCAUCAAGUAGUAGAUGAGAUGUUGCUCAAGGGUUGCCAGCCAAAUGUGAUAACAUACACCAUUUUGAUUGAUGGGUUCUGUAAGAAAGGCCGGUUAAAGGAAGCUGAAGGCAUCAUAGAGGAGAUGGCAUAUAAAGGUCUUUCACUAAAUACAGUAGGAUAUAAUUGUCUAAUCUCGGCUUUAUGCAAGGAUGGACAAGUACAAGAGGCCUUGGAGCUUUUUAGAAGCAUGCGGAGUAAAGGAUGUAAAGCUGACAUUUAUACCUUUAAUUCCUUGAUAUAUGGGCUAACCAGAAUUGAUAAGAUGGAAGAGGCACUAUGCAUGUUUAGAGAUAUGUUCCUUGAUGGAGUCAUUGCUAAUACUGUAACCUAUAACACGCUGAUUCAUGCUUUCUUGAGGAAAAGGGCAACCCAAGAAGCACUUAAGCUUGUAAAUGAUAUGCUAUUCAGAGGAUGUCCUCUUGACAAGUUCACUUACACUGGCCUUAUAAAAGCACUUUGCGAAGAUGGAGCUCUUGAAAAAGCUUUGGGCCUCCUUGAAGAAAUGAUUAGAAAAGGAGUAACUGCUAAUAACUUGUCUUGCAAUAUAUUGAUCAGUAGCUUAUGUAGAGCUGGCAAGAUACAAAAUGCACUUGAGUUUCUAAGAGAGAUGAUUUACCAAGGACUGAAACCUGAUGUAGUCACGUAUAACAACCUUAUAAGUGGUCUCUGCAAGAUGCAACGGAUCCAGGAAGCUUAUAACUUGUUCGAGAAAUUAGAAAGCGAAGGGGUCCGUCCGGACACCAUCACUUACAACAUCUUGAUUGGUUAUUACUGUAAAGCAGGCUUGUUUGAGCAAGCCUAUGCACUUCUAGAUAGGGGAGUGGCCAGUGGGUUGACACCCAAUACUGUGACUUGGCAUACACUAGUUACAAAUCUGAUAAAAAGAGUAAUGAGGAGAGUUGAGUCUUUAUCAGAUCUCAAUUAAGAUGGAAUAAUUGGUUCGGGAUGCACCAUGUAACUUAUAUUCUUUGCUAUAAAUGAAACAGGAAUUGCUCCAUUGGGGUCUGUGGGUGUUGCAAUCUUGUGGUUCCUGUUCCUCUCUUGCCUAUUGUAUUAUUGUUUAUUGAGUGCAUGACGUGGUAUAACUCACCCAGGAUAAAUCCUCAAGCACAUGUACCAAUUCACCAGUGAGCACUCAAAACCAUACAUCAAGGGAUGUUACAGACCGCUGAUCAUUUCCAGCAAAAUCAGUUAAAGGAUGCAUCUAUUUAGGUAGUGACUUGAGGUAUGCACUUGUUAUAUGUUGUUUACUUGUUCCAUUGUGGGAAGGAACCCGAAAUUGUGGAUGAAUUCUUUUCCGGAAGUUCAGAAGUCAUCUUGGCACAAGCCAUGUUGUAUAUGCAUAUUAAUUUGACAUGGUCAAAUGUAAAAACCAGCAGUUGAUGGUUCCAGCUUUGUGAAUCGUUCCUCAUACUGAAGUGAUGACUAAAUUAGAGUUAAAUUGGUUAAACUAUCAAACUUAUGCAAUUGCUGUUAAUAGUCCUCGUCAUAGUUUAGAUAAGUUGAUACUUUCCCAAAAGUUAAGAUCCUUUGGAUCUAUACACAUCUGACACUUGGAUUUUGCUGUGUUUCAUUAGUUAGAUGUCUAUCAUGUAUGCUAUG